AGUCGAUCUAUAUGCGGAGCUUCGUACUUUUUAGAAGAGCCAGUCUAAAAUUCAGUCUCAGUUCGUAAUCGUGACGCGCUCUAACCAUCAACGACGUCAUAAUAUUGAACAGCCAUCUCAUAGACCAACAACCUCUCCCAAACCAGUUCUAUGAUGAUAUCUGUGAAACAAACCUACCUAGGCUAAGCUAAUAAUCCCAAGUGGCGGGGCAAUAAGUAGUAGACAUGAUGAACCAUGAUGAACCAACUUUGCCGCACGUAGCGAUUGGUCUAGUCGAUAUAAAGACGAGGAGCUAUGCUUAAAAAGACUAUCAUCUCCCACCGAGCUUUACUCAGACCCAUCAGUAGAAGAAAUCAUCUCGGAAAACCAACAGAUCAACCAUAUAUUUCAACAUCUACUCAACCCUCACAGCAACGUGUUGGAAAUAUUGCCUUCAACCACCAACCCCCACGCAAGAUGUCGUCGUUCUCAAAUACGAAUACCGGUAACAAGCCGUCUGGACCUUACUAUGAGAAGAAUAUCGACAAAGAUGUAUCCCUAAAAGAGAAGGUUGAGAAUCUAACUAAAUUCGUGUCGUCGUUCAAGUUCGGCAUGAUGACGACGCGAGACCCCUCGAGCGGAAAGCUGGUCUCUCGAUGCAUGGCCGUCGCAGGAAAGGAAGGCGGUGAUAUCGACCUAACCUUCACGACAAACACGGAAUCGCACAAGACGGACGAGUUGAGCGCGGACAAGCACACCAAUAUCUCAUUCUACGACAACUCGGGCCAAUGGGCCUCAAUCGCGGGCGAGGCGAGCAUCGAGACAGACCGGGAGGUCGUGAAGAAGUAUUACAGCCCGACGCUCAAGGCUUGGAUGGGAGACCUAGGUGACGGCGUUCAUGACGGAAGCGAGAACGAUCCGCGCAUUGCUGUGCUAAAAGUCAAGACCAGUUCCAUCACAUAUGCUGUUACAGAUAAGACGGUAAUAGGCAGGGCUGCUGAGGUCGCCAAGGGUACCGUCACGGGCGAACCGGCUGGUGUUAAUAAGUUGAGAGAGAUUAGUGAGAGUGAGAUCCAGCAGUGGAGGGCCACUGCUUCAAAAUAGGCUCGGACUCGAGAUUGGGAAUGCGAGGUAUCCGCAAUCUAUUAUAGCCUCAGUAUAGUCGAACCUUAUGAAGUUGAAAUCUAAUGAGAUCUUUUUUUUAUUUCAACGUCGAUCAGAUACCGUAGACUUUCGAUGAUGCAGUAGUAAGCAAACUGGCGGUCUGUUUAACUUUAUAAUACGCCUUUAUGAUGAUAAUAGAAGUUGAUGUUAUUAAUGGCCACGGUUGUGAUAAUAGGGAAAAUAUGUCAAAAACACUACCAUCAGCCGGGCCACCCAUACAAUUGAUCUUCCAUUCUGCCGGAGGAGAUUCUCAAAGCAGCAAGUGUAUUCGGGGCUGACGGCGUUUCGGAGGUGCGAAAUUUAAUUUG